ACUAAUACAAAGGUUUCUUCAACACAACUUUCAAGUAAUAUAUUUGUUUGCUCUCUUUCCAAGAACAAGAUGAUCAACACUAAGAAACUACUCAAGAUGGCCAAGAAAUGGCAACAGAGAGCAGCUCUCCACAGGAAAAGAAUCUCAUUUCACAAGUCCACAGCUACUACCAGCAGCUCAACCGCUGUGGAGAAGGGAUGUUUUGUAGUUUACACGGCAGAUAACAAACGCUUUGCUUUUCCGAUAAGCUACCUGAGCAACUCUGUUUUUCAAGAGCUCUUGAAGAUAUCUGAAGAAGAGUUUGGACUCCCAACGGGUGGACCAAUCACCUUGCCAUUCGAUUCGGUUUUCUUGGAGUAUCUCAUCAAAUUGGUACAACGACGAAUCGACGGAGACACUGAAAAGGCUCUGUUAGUGUCAAUAUCUAGUGCUAGAUGUUCUUCACAAUGCUCGUUGCAACUACAAGAACGGAGUCAGCAAUUGUUAGUAUUUUAGAGUAUUUGAUACCAUUACAAAGCUAUUUGUAAAUAUGCUAGCAGUUAUUUUACACUGGAACACAAAACUCUUUACUGGUCCAUCACAAUAUAUAGUGGUAACUUCGCCUCUUGUUAUGUAUAAAGCUAGGUUUCUGUAGGUCUUCGUGACUUCAAAUUCGAUUAGCAAUCAUGAAUUCAAA